UGGCCGAUAGAAUUUUUCAUUGCAUAUAAACUUUUUUCUCAGCGACCAAGUGUAGAUUUUGAAACAUUCAUUUUGUAGUGGGUAUUUGAGGUUUUGAGUAUUGAGAUUUCAAGAAUGUCAUCAGGUGUCACGAAUAUGUCCCAAAAUGGGAGUAAGAAGAGUUUUGAAACGCCAGGCUCUAUAUUUGAAAUCGAAUAUAUUUUGGGGUCAUUGGACAGAUCACCAAGGCCGAUUCAUGUAGAGAAAAAUAGAUCCUUCGAUGAAAGGUCAAAUGGCGGAUAUGCAGACAGUUCCGCUCCCAUCGUAGACCAUCUUGAGUAUGGAUCUUCUCCCUGUAGAAGUUCUGGUUUUAAUACACCCAGAUCGAGUAGCCACUUUGAGUCACAUCCCAUGGUAGCUGAGGCAUGGGAAGCCUUGAGGCGUUCCUUGGUUUACUUCCGGGGGCAACCUGUUGGGACCAUUGCUGCAGUUGACCAUUCUGUUGAAGAACUUAACUAUGAUCAGGUCUUUGUUAGAGAUUUUGUACCAAGCGCCCUGGCUUUUUUGAUGAAUGGGGAGGAUGAAAUAGUAAAAAAUUUUCUGUUGAAAACUCUUCACCUUCAAUCAAGGGAGAAGAUGAUAGAUCGGUUCAAACUAGGAGAAGGAGUUAUGCCUGCAAGUUUUAAAGUGAUCCACGAUCCAGAAAGAAACUAUGAAACGUUGAUUGCAGACUUUGGUGAGAGUGCAAUAGGAAGAGUAGCACCUGUUGAUUCUGGAUUUUGGUGGAUUAUAUUACUUCGUGCAUAUACAAAACAUACAGGGGACUCUUCCUUGGCAGACAUGCCUGAAUGCCAAAAGGGUAUGCGCCUUAUUUUGAGUUUGUGUCUCUCAGAAGGCUUUGAUACUUUCCCAACUCUGCUGUGCGCUGAUGGAUGCAGCAUGAUUGACAGAAGAAUGGGAGUAUACGGAUACCCUAUUGAAAUCCAAGCACUCUUCUUUAUGGCUUUAAGAUGUGCUUUGCUUUUACUUAAGCAAGAUGAAGCAGGGAAGGAAUUUGUGGACCGAAUAGUUAAUCGUCUCCAUGCUCUUAGUUAUCACAUGAGGAGUUAUUUUUGGCUGGAUUUGAAGCAGCUCAAUGACAUUUAUCGGUAUAAAACAGAAGAGUACUCUCAUACUGCUGUUAACAAGUUUAAUGUAAUGCCUGAUUCUCUUCCGGAUUGGGUGUUUGAUUUCAUGCCAAGUCGCGGUGGCUACUUCAUUGGGAAUGUUAGUCCUGCAAAAAUGGAUUUCCGUUGGUUCUGCUUGGGUAACUGUAUGGCAAUUUUGUCAUCUUUGGCAACCCCUGAACAAUCUGUAGCUAUAAUGGAUCUCAUUGAAUCACGUUGGGAAGAGUUGGUUGGAGAAAUGCCAUUGAAAAUUGCUUACCCAGCACUUGAAAGUCAUGAAUGGCGAAUUGUAACUGGCUGUGACCCGAAAAACACUAGAUGGAGUUACCAUAAUGGAGGCUCUUGGCCAGUGCUUUUAUGGCUGCUCACAGCUGCAUGUAUCAAGACCGGACGUCCACAUAUAGCGAGACAUGCCAUUGAACUCGCCGAAAUCCGGUUGUCCAAAGACCACUGGCCAGAAUAUUAUGAUGGAAAGCUUGGCAGGUAUGUUGGAAAGCAGGCUCGAAAGUUCCAAACCUGGUCAAUUGCAGGAUACUUGGUGGCCAAGAUGAUGCUUGAAGACCCUUCUCAUUUGGGAAUGAUAUCACUCGGGGAAGACAAGCAGAUGAAACCCCUUGUAAAAAGAUCUGCCUCCUGGACUUUUUGAUACGUCCAAACUCGUAUCUCCAUUCUCAAAUAUAUCUCUUUUUCUCAUUCUUCAACGUUUGACCAAUAAUCUAGCUGGGAUAUGUUAAAUCCUACAUGAAACAAUGGAAUUCAUGCACUACACAGGUUGAAGGGUGACUAUUUUUUGUUAUCUAAAAAGUGUUAUAAACUUAUGCUGCGUGUCACCAUAUUUCCACAAUUAUUUGGCUUGGACACAUUUAUGAUUGUGAUUCAGCAGAAUAAGCUUGCAUUUGGGUCUUAAAAAUUGUAAUAAGUUUAUGCUAUCGAACAAUCCGUGGAAUCAUAUUAUAUUUUA